UCUUGGAGAUGAUGCAAACACUGCAGUGAAAAAGAUCGAGUCGUUCCGACAAAUUUAUCAGUUUAACAGCAGAAAACACAGUCAAUGACGGCGAAGAUGACGACUCAGUCGCAGUUCUUGGUGAACCUCUCUCACGGCCUUGUCUCCCAAAGCAAUCUCAGAGCGGAUAAUCGUGUUUCAUCUUCGUCUUGUCAAAUUACACGAACGAAUCGGUCAUGGGCUUUGCCAGUUUCCCUUAAAGUUGAGAAAUUUCAACCUUUACGAGGAAGGAGAAGAAGAGGAUCGCCUUGUUGUGGGAGCUUUAAGAACGAAGGGUUGCUUAGAAAUGGAAUUGGUGAUGCUGAUGGGAUUAUAAUUGUUGAUCACGGUUCUCGCCGCCAAGAAUCCAAUCUUAUGCUUGAGGAGUUUGUGAAAAUGUUCAAAGGCAAAACUGGUUACCCGAUCGUGGAGCCUGCUCAUAUGGAAUUGGCUGAACCAUCUAUAAAAGAUGCAUUCAGUUUGUGUGUACAACAAGGGGCUAAACGUGUGGUUGUGAGCCCAUUUUUUCUGUUUCCUGGAAGGCACUGGCAUAAGGACAUUCCCUCGUUGACGGCUGAUGCUGCGAAGGAGUUCUCUGGCAUCUCAUACCUCAUAACUGCACCUCUUGGCCUUCAUAAUCUCCUCAUGGACGUUGUGAACGACAGAAUCCAACAUUGCUUGAGCCAUGUUGAAGGUGAUGCUGAUGAGUGUCUUGUUUGUGCUGGAACAAACAAGUGCAAGCUCUACAAUAGUUCUGAAGUGUAAAUGUAAGAACAUUUUUGUAUAUCUGCUCAUUUUCUCUAACCUUUUGGAUGCGGUUAAAAAAGUGAGGCAUAUUAUAUUGUUUAUACUCAUCGUUAUGUACACUUCCUAUGUUUCAACAAGGGAGUUUUGAGAUUUAUGUCAUGUUCUUCUUAUUGCACGCCA